AUGCUUGAGCAACUUCAGAAAGUGGAGCCUGGCUGUUUUGGGAAGAAACGGAGUAGGACUCACACUGCACUCAUUGCUCUAUUAUUUGAAAGUUACCUUACAGAUGCAGUGAUGUCUCGCGCGCAUCAUCAUCAUUACCCCGGGGAUGACACUACCUUGUCGGACGAUCCGGAAGACGGCCCGAACUACCGAUACGCUCAUCGGUAUCCCAGACGAAUGAGCCCCAACUACCACGAAGAAGAUGAUGAGGUGCCCAUGUCUGUGAACAGGGGUCCAUCUCCUGACUAUACGUCCAAUGAUGACAGAGCCCCUUCCGACAGGGACCUGUCUGAGUACUCCAUGGAAAUUGAGACAAAGGCUCCACGGAAUCACGGUGGACACACCAGGACACCGCUUCCUGAAUCCCACUACAAAUCAAACCUUCAAGUGGCCAGCAUUUACAAGUCUCCGUCUGAACUGAGCUACCACACCUACAAGAGUGGAGGUCCUCCAAGGAGUGGUGUGGCACCCUCAGAAUCGGCUACAACGAAGACUAAGACUAGCCGGUACGGAAGAAUUCAAGUUGAUACUGUGGCUGCUCCACAUCCGUACUGUCCUAAUACGAAGGGCACAUGUUGUUUGAUGGUGCUCUUCAAUCUGGCAUUAAUCAUCGUUGUUCUGGGAUUCAUCGUGGUCUUGCAGAUCCGCGAUCCUCCGCCUCUUUGGUAUUUUGGAAUUUGUAUGCUGAUCUUCGGCUUUUGCACACUGGUGGGGACGUUGAUCUACUGCGUGUAUGUGUGUCGGGACAGACCAGACCCGAACACAUUUCCUUAUGGAGAACAGUAUUGGACACACCACUGGAGACGCUCGCUCGACUUUGGCGAAAAGCCGAAGCAAAAUGAGAUUUUUUACCCGCCUGAUGAUGCUCACAGUUUUCGGAAUGACGACGCUUUCAGCAACUACUCCUAUGCUGGUGGCCCCUCAACACUCGGAAGAACGCAUCGGGAAACCGCACCAAAAUCAGCAGAAUACUACGGCGACUUCGGUUCCAAGACUCGUCCGGGCCGUUACUGAAAAUCCGCCUGUUCAGCUAUUUGAAAAAUAUUUGACGACUAGGAAGUAACCCUUUUUCUUACUGCAGUAAUGUUUCAAUUGUUUAAACUAUUAAUUGGCACAUAUUCAAGAUAAUGAUAGCAGUAUAUUGAUUCAUUAACGACUGAUUUCGCGAUUUUUGAAGUGCGUUUCCUAUUAUGGCGUCAGUUCUCGUGAAUUGUCUGCGGCCACUCGAGGUUGCAGUCCAGUUACAUGGGGUUCCCAUUUUUCUUUAAUGUCUACGAACAAAUCUUCCAAGAAAUCGGAGUUCUACACAAUGCAGUGGAACUACGGUAUUCGCGAUGCCCGCUUGACCGUUAAAAUCCUCGUGCAUGUUCCUGAGGUUGUGACGUAAAAUCUGGUGCUACAAACGAAGACCCCUUUCAUGCUGUGCAUGCAUCGUUCACCCGAAAAGUCACUUGGUGUGAUUCAAUUCAGUUGGUGAACUUCCCUGAUUUGUCCGUGAUUAUAAUUCCUUGUUGUAUUAUGGGUCUAUAUGUCACUGACAGAUUAUAUUUUGAAUUGACAA